AUGAGCGCAUGGAGUCCUUGGAAAUAUACACCAGUCGUAGCCGCUGCCGGUGUUGGUGCUGCUAUAAUCGUCAUUGGUAUGUCAUUGGGUUUGGGUUUGGGUAUUGGAUUAAAAAAUGAUAGUGCAAAUUUAACUAUGGUUACAUCUUCAUCUGGAAAUACAACCAUAACCGUCACUAGUAGCACUACUACGCUGACAACAACAGUUGCUAAUACUACAACUGUCUCCACGACUACAGCGACUGGGCCUGUAGGAUGA